AUGGCAGCCUACAAAUGGAAGAGCUUCUUCGAAGACGAGGAUCGGCCAGAGAAGCCGAGAAGGUAUGGUGUCACCGAAGUGAGAGGACCACAUUAUUCUCUUUUCUCCCAAAACCUACUCCAGGAUGUUUUUGAAUCUAUGGGACAGUUUGUUGAUGGCUUGAAGUUCACGGGCGGCUCUCAUAGUUUGAUGUCAAAAAGCUACAUCAAAGAAGUUACUGACAUGGCACACAAACACAAUGUAUAUGUCAGUACAGGCGACUGGGCUGAGCAUCUAUUGCGCAAAGGCCCAUCUGCUUUUAAAGAGUACAUUGAGGAAUGCAAGCAAAUGGGUUUUGAUACAAUUGAGAUAGACGUUGGUACACUAGGACUCCCAGAAGAAACACUCUUGAGAUAUGUGAGGUUGAUUAAGAGUGGAGGUCUUAGGGCUAAGCCUCUAUUUACAGUAAAGGUUAACAAGUCUGAUAUACCCCCAAACAGGGAUAGAGCUUUUGGGGCUUAUGUGGUACCAGUGACUCGAACCUCAGAUCUUGUUGAGGAUGUCGGUCUUUUGAUUAGAAAGGCGGAGAGAUGCCUUGAAGCUGGGGCAGACAUGAUAAUGAUUGAUGCUGAUGAUAUCUGCAGACAGGCCGAUUCUGUAAGGGCCGAUAUUGUAGCAAAAGUCAUUAGUCGUCUAGGUCUUGAGAAAACAAUGUUUGAAGCAUCAAAUCCUAAAACGUCCGAGUGGUUCAUUAAACAAUAUGGGCCAAAGGUAAAUCUUCACGUGGAUCAUUCCCAAGUGAUGAAUCUGGAGUGCCUUCGAGGGGGGAACCUGGGUAAAAAUCAUGCAUCUGUUCUUGGUUCAUCAUAUUUUCUGUUUUAA